AUUUGUUCUUCACGAAUUGAAUCAAACCAAUCUCUCCAUUCUAUCACCCACACCUCUUACUCAAAACCUUCAUUAUGAGCACUCUCCAAAACGUCCACCCCGACAACAACCCUAAGCAGGGUUUCCGCCCGUCUGCGGGCAGUUCGGAGCCUCUCACAGACAAGGGCCACCAGCCCGGCCUUAAGGUCUCUCCGAAAGAUUACGCCCCUGAAUUCCACGCCGAGACAUACCCUCCCGGCACUGCUCCCGCUAGCAACUCGUACACUCCCAACGCCCAGAACGAACCAGGCAGCCAAGCCAAGAACCCUAAUGUUGAGCGCUCCCACGGAAAAGAAUCGGUCAAGACAACAGCCGAGCAGACGUUGAUGGGAGCGACCUCCCAGGAUGUACACACCGGGUUGGGCCACCCCGGUUCCGGCCAGACCAGCACGGAGCUCCGCCAUGACGGCCAAGCGCACCGCAAGAACCCUGGCCAGGGUCUCUAAAGGAUCGGAGCCAGCAAGGAGUUUGAUAAAAAAUAUUUGCUACAAUGCCUUAAUGUACCAUAACUUAUGAUGAGCAUGGGUAUCA